AUGCAGAAGGUACUCCGGCGGACCGUCCUAGCAGAGAAGCAAGCUGCUCGACGGCUGUCAAAAAAAAGAGACAAGAAGCGUUUUGAAGCAGCAAAGGGCAAUCGGGAGCAGAACGCUUUCGUCCGCAGAGAUGUAGCGAAGGAGAUCAAGCAGAGGAGGUUUGAGAGAAGAGAGGAUUGGGAAUUGGGCCCAUUGGCUCCGAGGAGAGAUGUGGGGGUUAAGAAAGAUACAUUUGGGACGGUUAGCACGCAGCGGAUGAGAGGACCUACGCUGACCACAACCGAGCGGAGGGAUGCGUUGAAGGAUGUGGGAGGACGAUAUCUGACACUUGUGAAAGGAGAUAGAGUCGUGUUGUUAGAAGGGAGAGACAAGGGGAAGAUUGGCAAGAUCACUUCAACAGACCGUAUCCGGGCGGAGUGUACGGUUGAAGGAUUGAACAUGAUGGACAUAGAAGUCCCCCAAUACAUGAUCAGUGCCGAAGACCCAGACAAGCGCCCCGUCCGCACCGUCCCCCAACCCGUUCCCCUCAACAAAGUACGUCUCGUCUUCCCCCUCACCGACCAAGAAACGGGCAUCACCCGCGACGUGAUCGUCAAGAAGCUCGUCAACGGCCCCAUGUGGUUUGACCGACAAACCGGCAAGCAAAAAUGGUCUCGCAUCAUUCCCGGCCUGGGUAUCAAAGUUCCCUGGCCGAAAGUCGAGGCCAAGGAACAUAAGGAUUUUGCGGUCGAUACGCUGCGGAUGGAUGUGGAGACGAAGACUUUUGUGCCGACCUUGUUAAGGCCACCGAUGCCGAGUAGCGUGAUUGAUGAACUGCGGAACAAAUACUCGGUUUUCAGGACGAGACAUGAUCCUGAGUAUAUUGCAGAGAAGAUGAAGGAAGACCAGGAGAAGGAGGCGAAGAAGAAGCUCUCGGAGGAAAUGCGGACACCGCUAAAAGAGAUUAAUAGGAAAUUAAGGAAGAUGAGGAAACAGAAGGGGAAGGGCGAGUUGACGGCGGAUAUGUUGGUCAAGCUAGGGCAAAUUAUUGCCAAUAAGCGGGAGCUAGCUUUGAGCGCAGCAGGCAUGUCGAAAGUUGGAAAGGUACCAGAGACGAUAGUGGCGUGA